CUCAGCGGACGGACCGCCACAUCCCCGACAGAGCCGUCUUUUCUUUUAUUCUUGGAAUAUUUUUUUUGUUAAAAAAGCGGACCUCUCUAUCCAAUGGCAUGGGUGAAGUUCUUCAGGAAGCCGGGGGGCAAACUCGCCAACUCGUACCAGGCGGGCAGCAUGCUGUCCCUGGCCCCCACCAAGGGCCUGCUGAACGAGCCGGGCCAGAACAGCUGCUUCCUGAACAGCGCAGUGCAGGUGUUGUGGCAGCUGGACAUCUUCAGACGCAGCCUGCGACAGCUGCCCGGACACUACUGUCUCGGGGAAUCCUGCAUCUUCUGCGCAUUGAAGGUCAUCUUCUCCCAGUUCCAGCACAGCCGGGAGCGCGCGCUGCCCUCGGACAACCUGCGGCUGGCCCUGGCCGAGACCUUUAAGGACGAGCAGCGCUUCCAGCUGGGCUUCAUGGACGACGCCGCAGAGUGCUUCGAGAACAUCCUGCAGCAGAUCCACCUGCACAUCGUCCCCGAGGAGAAGGAGAAGGACAGCUGCACCUCCCGCUCCUGCAUCACCCACCAGAAGUUCGCCAUGACCCUGUAUGAACAGUCUGUGUGCCGUAGCUGCGGGGCGUCCUCCGACCCCCACCCCUUCACCGAGCUGGUGCAUUACGUCUCCAUCACAGCCCUCUGCCAACAGGUGUACCAGCGGCGGGAUGAGUCAUUCGGGGAACUACUGCAGGCCGCCAGCACCAUCGGAGACCUGCGCAACUGUCCCAGCAACUGCGGCCAGAGGAUCAAGAUCCGCCGGGUCCUCAUGAACUCCCCGCAGAUCGUGACCAUCGGCUUCGUGUGGGACUCGGACCAGUCGGACCUCACGGAGGACGUGAUCCGCUCCCUGGGGUCGAACCUCAACCUCUCUGGGCUCUUCUACAGGGUAACAGAUGAGCAGGCCAAGAAAGGAGAGCUUCUACUGGUGGCCAUGAUCUGCUACUCCAGCCGUCACUACUGCUCCUUCGCCUUCCAUACCAAAUCCUCCAAAUGGGUCUUCUUCGACGACGCCACCGUCAAAGAGAUCGGCUCCCGGUGGAAGGACGUGGUCACCAAGUGCAUCAAAGGUCACUUCCAGCCACUGCUUCUCUUCUACUCCAACCCCGACGGCAGCGCCAUCUCCGUGGACCAGCUGCCGCGGCCCGACAGCAGCCAGGCACCCUACAAGACCUCCGUCAACGGGAAGGCCCAAGGCUCGGAGUCGCCGCUCCCCGGCCCGAGGCAGCUGGACCUCACCAAGGAGAACCUCAACACCCUGCUGGGCUCCAGCUACUCCAAGCCCAAGGCCACGUCCACGCUGAGCCGCGGCAGCGGACACACCACCGCCGGGGGGCGAGGAGCAGUUUCGGGGAAGCUGGACUCCGGCGACCCGAAGAGGAACCUGAGGGAGAUCUCCAGAGAAGCGGCCCAGCGCGCCGGGGAGGUACGGGGGAUAAACCUCCCCAGACGAGACCCCGACCGGACUGGACCCUGGAGGGCAGAGAGCCGCCUGAAAGACCCGGUUCCGGACCGUCCCGUGUGCCGCUCGGUCUCGCCCCCGGUGAACGGCUUCAAGCAGCACGUGCAAACGCGCCUCUACAACAGCCAGGGCAAGGGCCCCACGCGCAACGAGCGCCACGCCUUCAUCGGGGGCCGACCGGCCUCCCACGACCCCCCCCGGCCCAACGAUCGCCCCCACCCCAGGACGCAAGAGCCGGCGCCCGCGGUGGCUGCCGUACUGCGCGGCCCCCCUAGCAACAACAACGAGGGUGGUGUUCGUGGCGGCGGCGGUGGUGGUGGUGGGGUCAGCGGUCACCACAGCCUCCGCAGGCUGGACCACCACGCCAACGGGUACGAUACGGACACCAGCCAAGACUCGCGGGACCACUCCGGCAGCGGAGGCCGCUCGAGCCGGCCGUGGAAGCCCAUGAGGGAGGUGCUGAACGUGGACAGCGUGAUCGGCGCCGGCAGCGGCGGGGCGUACUCGUCCCGGCCGGACCGGAGGCCGGCCAGCCCCGGCCGGAGGAGGCCCAACAGCCACUCCCCUUCUCGGGACCGGGAGCGGGACCGGGAGCGGGACCGGGAGCGGGACCGGGAGCGGGACCGGGAGCGGGACAGGGAGCGAGACCGGGACCGGGAACAGGAACAGGACAGGGAGCCGGUGGCGUGGGGCAGCCGGGAGGAGCACAAGCCCAAGAGCCUGAUGACCAUCUACGAGGACGAGUCCCGCCAGGACAUCGGGGGCAGCCGGAGCUCGCUGGACUCGGACAGCAGGGGCGGGUGGGCCCCUGGGGAACGGGCCCGGCCCCCCAUGGGGGCGCCCACUGCGCUCAAGGUGCACAGCGACCACUGGAAGUUCCAGCGGACGGAGUCGGGCUACGAGAGCAGCGACCGGCUCAGCAACGGCUCGGCCAGCUCGCCCUCGGUGGAGAACGUCUCCUCCAAAGAGCUGAAGCCCAGACCUGAGCUCCACCCGGCCAGGGACCCCUAUCAGCAGAUAAGAGGAGAUGAUGGCAACACCGACGUCACCCUCUCCUCCUUCUCCUACGAUGACCGUGGACGGAAACCAGCGGGUCUCAAGGAUCCCGAUCCGGUGUCUACUCCGUACCUGCAAAGGACCAGAGCCUUCCGCUACAACCCGGGCCGCCUGGAGAAGAUCAGCAGCCCGGACAGCGACCGGGAGGAGAACGUGGACGGCAGCCCGGAGCCCCCCUACCUGGCCAAGACCAGCAGCUCGGAGUGGAACAGCUCCGACGACCUCGCCGGCCCCUUCUCCGAGCAGGACGACCCCCUGCCUCCGCCGCCGCCGCUGCCCCCAAAGGACUUCAUCCGCUGGCCCAGCGACUUCCCGGGUCUGGGCGGAGACGCGGACCGGCGACGGGACUCCCCGUCCCCGCCCCCGCCACCCUUACUGUCCACCACGCACCCGACCUUCCGCCGCUGGAUGGAGGCCACGCCCGACCACAGGCACUCGUCCGACUCCAGCUCCGCGGGCUCCAAGUCGGUGUCCUCGGACCAGGAGCGGAACGACCUCUCGGCCAGCGACAGCGAGAAGGGGUUCUCCGGGGACGGGGACGCCGCCGCCGCCGCCACGACGCCGAGCGACGUGAAGCUCCCCACCACCUACUUCUCGGUGGACGGCUGCAUGACGGACACGUACCGGGCCAAGUACCACCGCCGGCCCCCGCUGCACGCCGUGACAGAGGCCUGGGGGGAGCAGCAGCAGGCGUCGUCGGGGGAGAGCGACGCCGACUCGCGCCGGCUGCCCACCGUGGAGCGGCGAGUGCCGGAGCCCGGGAGAGGGAGAUCGGAGCUGGGUUAUUCUACGGCUAAAAGUGCUGCGAGGUGGAACCCGGUGACUCCUAAAGGACUGGAUGAACACGGGUACCUCUGAGUUCCACAAACUGUGCAGAAGAGCGAUGAUGAAUCUGUGAUUAUUAUUUUUUUUUUAAUCCUCCGAUUGAAGGGGAGACGUCGACAUGCUUAAACGACUCAUCUUCCCGUUGCACAGAAAAUCCAAAGCGCCAAAGAAAUCGAUUCCCGAAAAACGACGUUGAAAGAAUGUUACAAGCACCGGUUCCUCCUCAUUGCUUUGUAAAUACAACCUUAACAAAUCUCCUGAAGCGUUUGGAAGCCAUAACACACCAAACUGUGUUAGCACAGUGCUUACGUCACUCGUAGCUCAUCCUCUUAAUGCCAUUGCAUUUUUCAAUGUGUUAUUAAGUUGCGCGAGGUCUGCUUUAAUCGUGUUUUCCUCCAUGUUCUUAAAAGGCAUUCCAGUGCUGCAAGUACACUCAUUAGCAGAGGGGUUGAAGAGUGGUAGAUUUGUAUCUUAGAAUGUCGCCAUGUUGCAUGUUAAGCUAGAUAACGGCAUACCGUCUUAUCCCAAAGAGCCUUCUUCAUGCCUUGCAAUAAUUACUUUGGUGAGUUGUGUUAUUUUUUUCAAAUUUACGGAAAUUUACUUAAUUGGUUUAAGAAGAAAAUCUAUGGAAUUUGUUUUCGGUACAUGACUUUGCUAUGUGACUGCGUGACUUUUAAGCACUUUUUGAGCUGAAUAAUUGUGGAUUGCCUUUUCUCUGGGGGGAUUCUGAACUGAGAGAGCGGAGAGCCCAGCCCGUGUGUUUAUGAAUAGUAGACUCAUUUGAAAGUCAUAUUAACAAAUCCUCACCAGCGGGAGUAAACCGGGAUAAAUAAAUUAUAAAGCACGCUCUGUCUCCACGCGGUUCAAAGACCCCAAAGCGGGCAGCGGUUAAACCAACAGGAGCUUCGGGAAAACCAACUGCACCUGAAACGGUUCUGGGCUUGUCUCACCAGGCAACGUCUCACAACACACACAGAGGAUCUGUACCAGAAUGUCUUAGUAUAAAAAAACAGCCACUUAACUCCCCCCUCCCCUUAACUCCCCCUCCCCUUAACUCCCCGUCCCUUAAGAGGUUAACGGCACGAUUUAAACCAAGAAUAUGAACACGUGUUUCCAUUCAUUCUACCUUUUGCUCAAUCGGAAGCUUGUGAAUCAUUGGCCUGGAAUGUGAUGGAAGUAAAUAAAUCCUAAUGCUGUUGUUUUCAUUUUGUUUAAGGUUCUGUUUUUUUGUUUAUUUGUCAUGUUUUCAAGAUGGCAGGAGAUUGUUGUGGGUUAAAUUGCACAUGUAUAGGAUACGAGCAGGACUAAGACGGAGCCCGGUUGGAGGGCGAGAAUGGGUGGUGGUGUUUUGUUGGUGAACAGGUGUCUGGCUAAUGCUCUUUCUGCACACACCCCAAUCACUCUUUCACUCUCUGUCUCUCUGUCUCUCUCUCUCUCUCUCUCUGUCUCUCUGUCUCUCUCUCUCUCUGUCUCUCUG